AUGCCCGGCAUGAUGCUAGGACAACACAGACCCCGCUUUGGCGUGGAUCUGCCGGUCUCCAACUUUCGAUCCAACAAUCCUCGGUCCAGUCACCGCUUCGAGAACGCUACGGAUCGAUAUCCCCUUGGCUGCAAUUUUAGCGGUAGUCCAUCAGAUGGCCACGGAAUGUCACCAAGUAGAAAUGUCUGGUUCCCACUGAUCUCUGACCCACGCCCAAGGUCCAACUGCCACGGUUCAACUCCCACGAGCCAUCUCCCACAAGCCAUCUCCCACGAGCCAUCUCCCACGAACCGACUCCCACGAACCGACUCCAGCUAUGGCACUGGGCUGAGCCAGAUAAGCCAUGGCGGUAUGCUUCUCAAGCCCCUUGUGGGCAUACUGCUCAACAUGCCGUCUCAUUUGGGAAACUGGCAACGUGUUCAUGGAAAUGAAAUUUAUCCGCGAUGGCAGUCAAACUAA